CGCCCGCCUCAGGACCCUCCCCGCCGCGCUGCCGUCACUUCCUGCAGCUGGUCCCGGCAGCGCUGCCGGUCCCCGCUCUUUCUGCGGCCUCGGGGGCUGAGUGCAGCCGUACGGGGCUGCGGUGCCGCUGGGGGCUGGGGCAGUCGCCCUUAGCCCCCGCCCGGUGGUAGAUCUGAAGACGACUCCUCAUCCUUCAGAAGUUGCAUGCCCACAGUCUUCCUGGCCAAUGAUUCUUCUACAGCAAGCAGGACUUCUUCCUCAUUCUGAGAAGCCUUCAUCUCUUCCUAUGUCAGUGGCUACAAGGCCAAAAGCCACCUCACCAUUGUCCCCACCAAAAUCUCUUGGACUGGGGCCUUCCUUUCAUCACACGCAAGAAGAAGAGCUUGCAAAGGUGGUGGAGCAGGACCCUGUACUGGAGGAACUAUGUAAGCCUCUGUGCUGUAAGCUUUGCAAUGUCACUCUGAAUUCAGCACAACAAGCCCAGGCUCAUUACCAGGGUAAAAACCACAGUAAAAAACUCCGAAAUUACUAUGCUGCCAAUAGCUGUCCAGCAUCUGCCAGAAUGAGUAAUUUGGUUGAGCCUGCCCCACCUCAGAUUGUCUCCCUUCCAACUCAGAUGGGAUCCAGUAAACCAGGUGGUCGAGUGAUCUUGGCCACAGAGAAUGAUUACUGCAAGCUUUGUGAUGCCUCAUUUAGUUCUCCAGCUGUGGCACAGGCUCACUACCAAGGGAAAAAUCAUGCUAAGCGGCUGCGUCUUGCAGAAGCACAGAGUAACUCAUUCUCGGAUGCAUCAGAACUAGGCAAACGAAGGGCAAGGAAAGAAGGGAAUGAAUAUAAAAUGAUGCAGAACAGAAGAAAUAUGUAUACGGUUCAAAACAACACAGGUCCCUACUUCAAUCCCCGCUCACGCCAGAGGAUUCCUCGGGAUCUGGCCAUGUGUGUCACCCCCAGUGGCCAGUUCUACUGCUCCAUGUGCAACGCCGGGGCCAGUGAAGAGAUGGAGUUCAGACAGCACUUAGAAAGCAAACAGCAUAAAAGCAAGGUGUCUGAACAGCGGUAUAGGAAUGAGAUGGAGAACUUAGGCUAUGUACAAUGAUGCGCCACCCUUGGUAGUAAUUUGCAAAUAGAGCAGCUUGUCUCUUGCCUGCUGUUUGCCACAUGCCCUGCUUUGUGCUCCCUUUGAUAGGAGUAUGCUCUCGAGCUGUACAUGUAACACCUGCAAACUUAAUGGUAUGGUUAGAUUUUUUUUCUAUCAUAGUUGGCAGGAUGACGCUGUGCAGGACAUGAGUGUUUUUGAUGUUUGUUUGCUAAUUAUCUAAGGCUCUUUGUUGUAUUGAGUGGCAGGGAGGACUUUGUCUGCUCCUCAGCGUUCUGCAUGAAUAUGCAAAGCCCAGAAGUGCUGGGAACCUCUGUGGUUCUACCACACAGGUGGACCAUGUGCAAAGCCUACUCCCCCUGUUUGCAUACCAGAGAGCAGCGCUCCAGAAUGCCUCCCUAAAGCAGACUGAAUCUCUGGGCAGCUUAUAAAAGUGAGGCAGGAAUGGGGCCUGUGAGUGAAUGAAUUAGGUGGUGUACUUGCCCACAAAUUGCUGCUUGUGGCUCCCAUUAGCAGCCCAGAGUAUAUUCUUUCCACAUUGCUGUAGAAAAGCUGUGUAAGACAUUGGAGAGUCUUGUGUCUUACCGCUUCCUCUGUGAUGCAGAUUUCAUUUGAACAUCUGAUAUUGGAUAUCAGCUGAUACAGCCCGGUUCAGAAAUACUCUAUUCUACCAGUUAACAGUGAAAAAAGAUUCUCAAUGUUGUUGACUGGUCACCUUAAUACAUCAUGGCUGUACCUCAUCUCCCUGAAGAGAGUAUGUGGGGAUCUCAGUGGCUCAAUGAAGUGAAUUGGAAAGCAAACCUGCUCAGGUUAUACGUGCUCUGCUCUGAUUCUGCCUUAGACUGAGUAGGGUUGAGAAUCGGUUGAAAGGAGCUGUCAGCUGUAAUUUUUUUUGCAAGUGUUGGUCUCUGGCCCACAGCUCUAUUGCUCUGGGGAGCAGGGCUGCAUGGACCCUGGGGAGCAGGUACUGGUGUGUCUCACUUUCAUGUCAUUCCCUGGACAAAGCCCAAUAGGAGCUGAAAUACUCCUUUGCACUAGAGCUACCGAUAUUGGAUGAUUUUUUUUCCCCUCUAUCUUUUCCCAUCUCAGGAUGGGUUUUAAUUCCAUUCCUUGAUGUAAACUUCGCUGUUUGAGGGACCAUCAAAAAUCCAAAGUUAGGUAGAAUGUAAAUGUCAGGGGUGAUGAUUGUUUGAGUAAGAGCUUUUUGGCCAUACGGAAGUAUUCAUGAAAUUUGUUAAGCGCCUUUUUUAAGGACAGACAAGCCCAAAGGUGUGUCUGCUUUGAUUUUUCUUAGCGAAAGUAGAAAGGGGAUAAGGAACAGAAGUAGGGCUGGCAUUUAUUUUUCUGCUUAUUUGGGUAGAUGUGAGGAGCUGUGCUUGGAAUCCAGUUCACAAUGUUUCUAAAACAUUGGCUUCAGUGGCAAGUGCAAAAUGUAGGUAACCCCUGUUGGACCUGAUUCACCACUGUGCUGCUAUAGCUGUAUGCUGGUAAAGCUUCAUUGACUUCAGUGGCAGGUGCACAGCAGGGGUAAAUGAAGCAUCAUGGCUUGUCUCUCAUUCCUCUUUAGGCAUUACAUUGAAUUAAAUGCAGCUCCAUUGGUUUCAGUAGUAUUUUACCAGGGAUAAAUUCUACCUACUUUGUAAUGGUGAAGGUAGCUCCCCAGCACCACCUUUUUUUUUUUCCUUUUUGCCAUUCUGAUCCUGCCUCUUGCAUUGAAGGAGGAUUUUCUGCUUGCCUUAAAAAAAAAUGAAAAAUGAAUAAACUAACCAAAAAUCCAGAUAUUUUUUUUCAUCUUCCUAGUUCACCUCAGAAAGGUUUCUUGCACUUGGCUGCUCCUCAGAGAUUGAGUAUUGUUAUCUUUAGCUACCUGAGAGCAUCAGGUACAACCUUAAUGCAGUCUUCCUAAAUGCAGUCAAAGUGAGCUCUUGCGUAGUGGACAAAAGCACCCCUCUGCAUGAUUCCAUGGUGAUCAUUGCCCUACAGAUACAGGCAUAGCAAUGGGCAUCUUCUUGACUGGGAUUCCCUCCCUCCUUUGUGCAAAGCCCAAGGGUUUGUGCACUGAAACAUGUUAGAAGGUAGGAGGACAUGUGUCCAAGUUGCAAAGCACUAAUUGAGCACUUUUGACAGCCUGUAAGUCUGUUUCUUCUGUGCUUUCCUGCUCCUGGCUCAUCCUCUGUGCAGCCUUGAAGAAUAUUCCCCUUGCAAAAAUCUUUCAUCAGCUUUUUCCCCUCAUCUUCUGCAGUCAAACAAGGGCUCUGGUUUUCUCUUUGUAUUCUGCCUUUUGUUUUGCCAGUCUGACACCACUGUACAGGGACAGAGGGAAUUGGAUGAGCCUUACCAUACUGCUUCACCAGAGCAAUCCCUGCAUUACGGUUAAACAUCCCCCUUGCUGCAAAUUACAGUGUGGCAUUUCCCACAGGCUGCAAUUAGUAGCAGAACAACAAUAUUGUGUAAUACGAACUGGAGGAGCUGUAGGUACUAAUGUUGUCAAGUUUUUUGCUAGGGCUAGGAAGGCAUUUUUGCUUGCUUUCAUGUGUCCCAAAAAUCAGCUGUUCACCACUGUGCUUUGGUUGCUGCCCCUGCUCCCAGCCCAGUGAUCUGCUCCUCAUUUGGCAUUUCCAGUGACUGACAGAGGUGUCAAAACUCAGAUCGCUCUGCAUGCUGUUACCUCCUAGUAACAACUGGUGCAAACCUGCCACAACAUGCCAGUGCUAGUGCAUUUGGGAUGGUGUGUGAAUGAGUUGUGAAGCCCUGCAGGCUCCUCUCUGCAUGGGGCCACAUCUGAUUUUGAGGAAUGGCUUGAGUCUACCCUGAACAGAGAGGUCUGUAUCUGCUUUUGUUCAAGGGAAUGCAACAAGGAAAAUUUCAAAGUGGUGGGUCUUGUAACAGGCAUAAAGCAGAUAGCAUGACUCAAGUGACAAGUGUAGGACAGGUUUCCUACAUGGGAGGAAAGAUAUUUCUUGCUGGGGUAAGCAGCUGAGACUCGCUUUGCCCCAGAGCUCUUUUGCAGCCUUUCCCUACAAGUGACCAAAGCUUUCCUUUCCCUCUUCAGCAUUGCUUAACAGUUUGUGGUCUUCCUACUCUCUAGCAUAGAAAAUUGUUGACUGCAAAGAGAAAACACCCCACUUCACUAAUAUCUUUAGGGUUCAGGACAAUCCAAACUCCUACUGUCAGAUGGAGAAACUGGGGGGAUCCUGCCUUCUUUUUUUUUUUGUUUUUCUUGUGAAAUGCAAAGCUGUUCUAUAAAUCAGUGUUCAAAAUACAUAUUGAAAACAUGUCCUGACCAAACCCGAUUUGACAUAGAUGGGCUGGGGACAAUACCGUACAGCUGUAGUACCAUUUUCCCCAAUUAAUCUUUUUUCAUGUUAAACAAAGUACUGAACCCAAGAAACAGGACUUUUGUGAAGCUGUCACAUUGGCCAGUAGGUUAGUAACCGUUGCUGCUAGAAACAAAAUAUAAAUCAUUGUGUUCAUAUUUAUUUUACUGUGCUGACCACUAAUAGAUUUGUUAAUAUUGAAGGCAUUAUUCUGUAGGUUGUUUUUGUUUAAAUGGAAAACUCAAUGUCGCACUUUGCUUUUGGAUCAGAACUGGUAUUUAUUAUAUUUGUGAAAAUGUUUUCCCUCCCACAUGCGUAUUGUUUUCUUUCCCUUAAUGCAAAAAAAAUCCACAAACAACAAAACCCACCCCAAAACAAAUGAAUUAAAACCCCAAAUCCAGUCAGUGGAUCGUCUUUGUUUCUUUUCAUACCAAACAAAGUGGGAAUUUCCUUGCAACUCUCUCUUAAAUGUCCAUUUCUUUUUUUUGUUUGUUCCCCUCCCGUUCCUUUGAUAUGGGAUGACAUUUUUAGACACAUAUGAAAUUCAUACUAGAUUUAAGCAUUUGUUUUAAGGUGAGGAAGUAACCUAUGUGGAAUCCAUGUAUUUGUGAGGAGUUUGAAAGUGAUACUAUUUUGUUUGUAUUAAGUAUUAGCUGUUAUUUUGCAUUCUGCACUAAUAGUAGAUGUGCUAUAAUCUUGCCCAACACUGGUCAAUUUUUGACUUUCUGCUUUCUUCAUGUACAUCAAAAUGAACCCUGAAAACUUCUGUGGAGUUGCUUAGGAUGGUCAUCAGUGUAACUAAGUGCAGAUUUUUUUCUGUAAAGCUUCUUGUCUUUUCCUUUUCUAGAUGCUCAUUAUAGGGCAUUAGAAGGGAAACCUAUUGCUGUAAGCACGGGUUCAUAUUUUACCUUACUAAUGCAUGAUGUCCUUUUGCUACGUUAUUUAAGUAAUAUGCACUGUAACCAGUGGGAAUCUUGCCCAGGUCAGGAGUAAAUAAAAUACCGGAGGUAAAUGUAUUAUGUUGGCUAGUGCCAGGCAAGGUACGUGGCUAAAAUUUGUCUUUUACUUCUGUGUUUGGGUUACAACACUCUUAAGGUUUUGCUUUUUGAGGAAUAUGUAUUUGAUUAGGUAAGGAUUUGAUCUUGCUCUGUCUGAAAUAAUUUCAAGUGCAUUAACUUCAGUUGAGUAGGAGCAAGCCUUGAAACCCUUCAGGAAUUUCAUAUUGAUGUUGUUUUCUCAUAUAUGUGUUUUUUGGUUUGUGGUAUGUUUUUUAAAUUUUACAACCAUAUAUACAAGAUUGCGCUGGAUGAGAUGGCUUAGCUCCUGUUGUUUUGAGCUGAUCUGGCUUCUUUGCCUCAUGCAUAAAGCUGGAAGUGAAAAUAAAAUCCACUUUGAAAUAAAUGUGGUCAAACAAUAGUUCUGGGAAUCUGUCCUUUAAAAAAUGUAUCACAACUAAAAUUGUGUGUUUUAUGUGAAGUAUCUGCAGGUAAAGGCAGGACUGUGGAUUUUAAGAAACAAAAUCAGUUGUUCAGUUUGUGUGUUGCAGGGGAAAAAUGACUCAACUUAAUUUCCUUCUGCAUCUGUCCAGUGACAUUUGCAAGUGCUUUGAAUAUGUUUCAUCUAGAGCCUUCUUGUCAGGUUGGUUUUGUACAUUUGUCCUUAUUUUCUUUAUAUUGUAUGAUCCCCAUGAGGGAGGUUGCUUUUUGUUUUUGUUUUUCUUCUUCAGUAUAUAAUAAAUCAUCUUGCUGUUAUCAUUGUA